AUGAUGGAGGAAGAGAGGCAGCGAGGCCUAGCGGACGAGGCGCGGAGGGAGAAGGCUCGCCACGAGGUCAACCUGCUGGCGGCCCAAGCGCUCACGAAGCAGAUACACCAGCAGGAGGAGGUCAAAGAGAGACUGAAACAGCUGAGGAAGGAGCAGGAGACGCAGCUGAAGAAGGCCAAGGACGACCUGCAGCUGCUGUGGCUCAAGGACGAGGAGAGGAAGCUGCAGGAGAGGAAGCGCAGGGAGGAGCUGAGGCAGGUCCGGGAGCAGGAGAAGAUGGAGCGCGAGUGGCGGCGGAAGGCGCUGGAGGCGGCGCGCACCAAGGCCGGCAGGGACGCUUUGGUGAGCCGCGAGAGACGCCAGCAGGUGGAGGAUCGCCAGAGGAUCCGGAUGGAGGCGGCGCUGGCACAGAAGAAGGAGCUGCUCAGAGUCACGGAUCACUGGAUGAUCACGGCGGAGAGGGAGAGGGCGGAGAUCGAGAAGGCCAAGAAGGACAAGGAAGACUACGAGUCGAGAAUCCGAGAUCAGAUCAAGUACCAGGAGGCGGUACGAGCGAAGGAGGCCGACCAGCUGAAGAGGGAACGGGAGGAAGAGGCCUUGAGAAUUAAGCAGAAGGAAGCAGCUCUUGUUAGACUGAAGCUGGACACCAUGCAGGAGCUCAGGAAUAUGGCUCUUCCUGAGCAACUUAUCCAAGACCUGGAGAAGAAACUACACAUCUCCAAGAUUGAUAGACAGGCUGGAAAUAACAAAAAUAGGACCAAGUAAAUAUAACAUUUCUGUCCCCUUGUGUUUGAAGAUGCUAAAAAAAUAAUAACAGUAUUCAUAUGUGAUAGACCCUGAAUCUGUUAAUCAGCUACUUAAUUUCAGCAAGUUAAAGAAAGAUGGUAAUCAAGAAUAUUAGGUCAAAAACAAAAUAUCAUUAGUAUUCGACACAUGAUCACUCUAAUAAAAGGCUUUCGCAUAAACAAGUUAACUUGGCAAAAAUGUAGUUAGUUACACAGCCAGAAGAAAAUUGAUAUGGACACAUUACACUUCAGUUAAUGUAAAUGCUUAAAACCAAACUCCAAAUACCUGAAUAAGACGUACAGGUGUACUUCCAGCUCGUGAAUUUUUGUCGUCACUGCCAUGGUUCAGUUAAUGUUUGUGUCUAAUUGAACUUGACUUUCUGACCAAAUUAACAGUGUUCUUUGUUAUCAAUGGUGCUCAUAGACUAAGUAUUAUGCAGUUUAAUGUUAUGUAUCCCAUGUUCACUGCCAAAUGUCUUUUCAAGUAUGACUUUAUCUUAAAUGAUAAAAUUCAUCCUUGUGUGUCAUAGUUCUUGCAGGUACACUUACAUUAUCUACUUUUUAAAAAGCCAAAAAAGUAAGAUUAUUGAUGUAAAAGUAGUGCUGAUUCCACUGCCUUGUUAACCAUAGUCUCCUCAUACUGUUUUAACAUAAUUUGUCCUUCUAACUUAAAGACAGUUGUUUCUCUUAACCUCCUCAUAUUGUAUGACUUCAUAUAUUAUUUAAAGUAUGAAAAAUACAUUGUUCCUCUGCUACUGAGGAUCUAUGAAUGAUAUUAUAUGGUGUGCAUUGUUUAAAUCUGGUCACUCUUGGUUACAUGUAAUAAAACUGUGGAUACUGUGGAUGCAAGCGGUAUGAGGUUGCUUUUUACAUUUUGCCUUAAUGAAAGAUAACCUAAAAGUGAAUAAAUUAAAAUCUUACAAUACAUGCUAUUUGCCUUGUUACAAUGUUCCAUAGAGGAACUUUAGUACCUUAAUAAUUUGUGUUUGCUAAGUAAAAAAGUAUACAUUUAUCAAUUUAUUUAUGAUUUAGCUCUGUUGUAAAUCUGCAUUCAAUUUAACUAUUUUUCAUUUUA